GUAUGAUCUUGAUAAGGGCGAAGACGAGCAGUUAAACCCGAGGGUUGGUGGCCGUUCCACAGCGGCCCUGGAAGCCUCCGACAAGGAGGUGAAAAUACCUGGCAAGGGGCCUCAAACCGGUCCUACCUGGAGUAACAAUCGCAAACAGCGUAUCGCAGAGCCCGACGACGUGCGGAACAGACUGGAGGCACGUGGUAUCGUGGUCGCUGGUGCAGUGCGCACUCGCUUGGCACACGAGCUGGGGCUCAAGAUACAAAGUUACAACAUCGGCGGGAUUACAAGUGAAUGCUAUGAUCUGAUUAAAGAUUGGCUGCACCAUCAGUGCAGUGCAGAUGUGGUGGUGUUUCAGGAGACACAUCAUGGCCUCGGCCGUUCCGACGGUCAUUGGCAACUGCCAGGGUGGAUCGUCGUGACGACUGCGGAUGAGAAGCAGCGCUACAGUGGUCUUGCGGUUUUCUUGAGGCGUUCUGUUUUCGUGGAUGAGCAGGUGAGUUCGGUUACUUGGAUUCCGGGGCGCUUAUUACACGUAAGAUGUCAAUCACCGCAGCUCACGCUGGACUUGGUAGCUGGAUAUCAGUGGGUUUGGCAGGCCAAGCAGCAGGAGCAGAUCGCUAGGAAGCGCGCGCAUUUCUGGACCAAGCUGGGUGUUCUGCUGCAGGGGCUGCCGGCUCGCAACCUGUUAGCUCUCUGUGCAGACAUGAAUACCCACUGUAGACCUUUAGCUGGCCAUAUCGGUCGUGGAGUCCUUCGCACCACAAGGAAUGGCUCAGUCACGACGCAAAUUGAUUUCAUUGCCACCAGGAAGAAGCAUGCUGAUGCUCUGGCCCGUACUGCACAACCGGUGGCACUGGACCUGGCACCAUGGCAUAGUGUGCAGCAACAUACUGCAGAGGCACAAGAGCUUCAGCAGCUCCUGGUCACAGAGAUUGAGGGGCUGUUAGCCUCGGACAAGUGCAGUUUUCAGUCCACUGCUGUAAAGCAGGCGAUUGAGCAUGUGUGGAGUGUGUAUAGGCGGCGCCAGUGGCUCGAGGAGCAAAUCAGUGCGGCAGAGACGGCAGCCUCCAGGAAUGACCUAGGUCAUCUCCUCUCUGUUGAACAGGAAUUCCAUGAGAUCCACCUCUAUUUUCAACAGGCAUUCAGCUCUCCACACGAAUACCGCAUUCCGGAGUCUGACGUGCUGCUUUCGUUUACCGAAGCCGAGAUCUGCGAUGCUGUGCGACAGCUCAAACCGGGCAAAGCAGUGCCAGAAGCAAGCUUGCCGGCGGACGUCUGGCUGUUGCAACCAGAGGGGGUAGCAAAACUUAGUGCUCGGGUUUUCCAAAGUAGCUAUGAAGCUGGGGAUACGUAUCCGGAUGAAGCCACUUGUUGCUCACUGGCGCUGUUGCCCAAGCCAGGCAAGGCUGGUCGUAG